AUGUCUUGCUUGUUAUUGUCGUUGUUUUGGCGUGAGUUUCUGUGCCAAGAAGUCACUCAUCACCACAUUACCCGUUUUGACACGAACUAUGACUUGCCUCCACUUUCUUCGGGUGCAGGGACUUACAUGUUCCGAAUUGAUGAAGGGCGUGUAAUUGAUGCAACGAGAGCUGGAAGCAUUGCACAUUUGAUUAAUCACUCAUGCGAAAAUGUUGCCCUUUCUGACUUUAGAAUAGAGAUUGUGCGAGUAGCAUUGGAAAAUGAUAUGCCAAAUUGCUAUUCAAGAGUUAUAAGUGUCAACGGUGAUGAACAUAUAAUUAUAUUUGCCAAAAGAGAUAUUAAACAAGGGGAAGAGCUGACAUACGAUUACAGAUUCUUUUCAAUUGGUGAACAACUUGCUUGCUAUUGUGGCUUUCCUUCAUGCCGGGGUGUUGUUAAUGAUAUUGAAGCUGAGGAACAAAUGGCAAAGUUGUUUGCUUCGCGCAGUGAAUUGAUAGAUUGGAGGGGUGAUUGA